AUGUCAACCACUGAAAUAGAAUCUACAACAACAGCUCCAUCAACAAUUACAACAGCUGUAUCUCCUGUGAGCUCAACCACAAUAGAAUCAUCUACAACUGUGUCCGCUCUGAGCUCAACCACAAUAGAAUCAUCUACACGUGAAAGUGGUUCAACAUUGGGAACAACAACAUCCACAACAGAUUCUACUCCAUCUUUACCAUCGUCUACAACAGAAGGACAGACAACAUCAGAAUUCACUUCAUCUACAACAGAGAUUUUAUCAUCUAGUGUAGAUCAAACAACAAACCAGCAGACACCAUCCACUCAAUAUACGUCAACCACUGAAAUAGAAUCUACAACAACAGCUCCAUCAACAAUUACAACAGCUGUAUCUCCUGUGAGCAAAACCACAAUAGAAUCAUCUACAAGUGAAAGUGGUUCAACACUGGGAACAACAACAUCCACAACAGAUUCUACUCCAUCUUCACCAUCGUCUACAACAGAAGGACAGACAUCAUCAGAAUUCACUUCAUCUACAACAGAGAUAUACUCAUCUAGUGUAGAACAAACAACAAACCAGCAGACACCAACCACUCAAUAUACUUCUACCAAUUAUAUAGAAUCUACAACAACAGCUCCAUCAACACUUACAACAGCUGUAUUUCCUGUGAGCACAGCCACAAUAGAAUCAUCUACAAUUGAAAGUGGUUCAACACUGGGAACAACAUCAUUUCCAACAGAUAAUACUGCAUAUUCACCAUCGUCUACAACAGAAGCACAGAUAACAACAGAGUUCACCUCAUCUACAAAAGAGAUAUCCUCAUCUAGUGUAGAACAAACAACAAACCAGCAGACACCAUCCACUCAAUAUCCUUCUACCACUGAUAUCGAAUCUACAACAACAGCUCCAUCAACACUUACAACAGCUGUAUCUCCUGUGAGCACAACCACAAUAGAAUCAUCUACAAGUGAAAGUGGUUCAACACUGGGAACAACAUCAUUUCCAACAGAUUCUACUGCAUCUUUACCAUCGUCUACAACAGAAGGACAGACAACAUCAGAAUUCACUUCAUCUACAACAGAGAUUUUAUCAUCUAGUGUAGAUCAAACAACAAACCAGCAGACACCAUCCACUCAAUAUACGUCAAGCACUGAAAUAGAAUCUAGAACAACAGCUCCAUCAACAUUUACAACAGCUGUAUCUCCUGUGAGCUCAACCACAAUAGACUCAUCUACAAGUGAAAGUGGUUCAACACUAGGAACAACAACAUCCACAACAGAUUCUACUCCAUCUUUACCAUCGUCUACAACAGAAGGACAGACAACAUCAGAAUUCACUUCAUCUACAACAGAGAUUUUAUCAUCUAGUGUAGAUCAAACAACAAAGAAGCAGACACCAUCCACUCAAUAUCCUUCUACCACUGAUAUAGAAUCUACAAGAACAGCUCCAUCAACACUUACAACAGCUGUAUCUCCUGUGAGCUCAACCACAAUAGAAUCAUCUACAAGUGAAAGUGGUUCAACACUGGGAACAACAACAUCCACAACAGAUUCUACUCCAUCUUUACCAUCGUCUACAACAGAAGGACAGACAACAUCAGAAUUCACUUCAUCUACAACAGAGAUUUUAUCAUCUAGUGUAGAUCAAACAACAAAUCAGCAGACACCAUCCACUCAAUAUAGUUCUACCUCUGAAAUAGAAUCUACACCAACAGCUCCAUCAACAUUUACAACAGCUGUAUCUCCUGUGAGCUCAACCACAAUAGACUCAUCUACAAGUGAAAGUGGUUCAACACUGGGAACAACAACAUCCACAAAAGAUUCUACUCCAUCUUCACCAUCGUCUACAACAGAAGGACAGACAUCAUCAGAAUUCACUUCAUCUACAACAGAGAUAUCCUCAUCUAGUGUAGAACAAACAACAAACCAGCAGACACCAACCACUCAAUAUACUUCUACCAUUUAUAUAGAAUCUACAACAGCUCCAUCAACACUUACAACAGCUGUAUCUCCUGUGAGCACAACCACAAUAGAAUCAUCUCCAAGUGAAAGUGGUUCAACACUGGGAACAACAUCAUUUCCAACAGAUUCUACUCCAUCUUCACCAUCGUCUACAACAUAGAAGGACAGACAACAUCAGAAUUCACUUCAUCUACAACAGAGAUAUCCUCAUCUAGUGUAGAACAAACAACAAACCAGCAGACCCCAUCCACUCAAUAUCCUUCUACCACUGAUAUAGAAUCUACAACAACCGCUCCAUCAACAUUUACAACAGCUGUAUCUCCUGUGAGCACAACCACAAUAGAAUCAUCUACAAGUGAAAGUGGUUCAACACUGGGAACAACAACAUCCAAAACAGAUUCUACUGCAUCUUUACCAUCGUCUACAACAGAAGCACAGACAACAUCAGAAUUCACUUCAUCUACAACAGAGAUAUCCUCAUCUAGUGUAGAACAAACAACAAACCAGCAAACACCAUCCACUCAAUAUACUUCUACCACUGAUAUCGAAUCUACAACAACAGCUCCAUCAACACUUACAACAGCUGUGUCUGCUCUGAGCACAACCACAACAGAAUCAUCUACACGUGAAAGUGGUUCAACUGUGGGAACAAUAACAUCCACAACAGAUUCUACUCCAUCUUCAGCAUCGUCUACAACAGAAGGACAAACAUC